GAACAGCGCUGGUGACGUUGAUGUUUACGUUGAAUGAAUUGUUUUCGACGUCCAUGGCUAAGGCGACGGGGUUUUUGCUUCGGUUGACGGAUAUGUUGAGGCCCGGGACGGUGUUGUUGGUGGUGGAUAGUCCGGGGAGUUAUUCGACGUUGAAGUUGGGGAAGAGUGGGGAGGGGGAGGAGGUGCGCGAGAGACAGUAUCCGAUGAAGUUCUUGUUGGAUCAUACGUUGCUUUCGGUGGCGGAGGGCAAGUGGGAAAGGGUGUUGUCGCAGGAUUCGAGAUGGUGGAGGAGGGAUGCGGCGAGGUUGAGGUAUGAGGUUGGAGAGGGGGCUGGGUUGGAGGAUAUGAGGUAUCAGGUGCAUGUGUAUCGGAGGUUGGAGGGUUAGAUGUGUGGAUACUUACGAUUUGUAUGAC